GCCCGCGCUCCCUUAACCCGCUGUCUCCCCCGCCGCAGCUCUACUACCAGGUGCUGAACUUCGGGAUGAUCGUCUCCUCCGCCCUGAUGAUCUGGAAGGGGCUCAUGGUGGUCACGGGCAGCGAGAGCCCCAUUGUGGUGGUGCUCAGCGGCAGCAUGGAACCUGCUUUUCACAGAGGAGAUCUCCUGUUCUUAACCAACCGAAUUGAAGAUCCUAUCAGGGUGGGAGAAAUUGUGGUCUUCAGGAUAGAAGGAAGGGAAAUUCCAAUAGUUCAUCGGGUCUUGAAAAUUCAUGAAAAGCAAAACGGAGACGUCAAGUUCUUGACGAAGGGUGACAAUAACGCUGUAGAUGACAGAGGGCUGUACAAGCAAGGUCAGCACUGGCUGGAGAAGAAGGAUGUGGUGGGCCGAGCAAGAGGGUUUGUGCCCUACAUUGGAAUUGUGACUAUUUUAAUGAACGAUUACCCCAAAUUUAAGUAUGCAGUCCUCUUUUUACUGGGCUUAUUUGUGCUGGUCCAUCGGGAGUAGUCUGCGUGCACUGAAGUUCCUAGCAAAGAUGCCACGCUUUUUGUAACCAAGCGUUUGGGUCUGAUGUGUGGUGCGAGAGGAGAACGUACAUUUCAGUGCUUACCAGUUUGGGUUCGUUUUGGUUUUUUUUUACUGUGUACGGAAGAAUGUCAAUCAGUGUUCCCAAUGGUUUGUCACACUUUAGCCUUUUUGUACAUCGGUGGGUUUUUAUAUUAAAAGUCUAAACCAAA